ACCAUUAGCCAUGAGCUAUCCAACUCAUAUUCAUCUUACAAUAAUUUUCUUGUUUUGGGUGGUACUACAAUAUGUGGCACGAGGUGUAAUAGCAUCACCGGCGCCACCGGCGCCACAAGUCCUGGCUCCGCAUUGUCCCGAUAAGUGUGGAAACGUUAGCGUUCCGUAUCCCUUCGGGUUGGAAGAUGGUUGUUACUACGAAGACCCUCAUAACAAUUUCAAAAUAUCGUGUGAUCGUACCAUGACACCACCAACGGCAUAUUUCGGUACAAGUUUUGCAGUAUUUAACACGUCGGUACUUACGGGAGAAAUAUGCAUUAGACGUGACAUAUCGUACGAUUGUUACAAUAAAAAUCAAUCCAACAGUAAUUACACGGCCUUAGUCAACAUACGAGGGUUCACGAUCUCUAGUACAAAUAAUUUGUUAAUUGCCAUGGGGUGCGACACUUAUGUUUGGUUCACCGGGGUACGGCAUGGUAAGCCGUACCAAACCGGUUGCAUGACUAAGUGUGGCACCCUAGACGAAGUCUCCGAUAAUGCUUGUAACGGGGUUGGCUGUUGUAUAGCCUCGCUCCCGGAUGAAGUGACCAACAUAUCGACUACAAUUGGUAGUUAUUCGAACCAUAGUGGCGUGCCGUUCAGCCCGUGUAGCGUUGCAUACCCGGCUGCGGUGAACGAGUACAGGUACAAUAAAAUGGAUUUAACUAGGGACUUGAAAUUCUUCAGAGAAAAUAGAGUUCAGAUUCCUGUGGUUUUUAAUUGGGCAAUUGGAUCACAAAAUUGUUCAGUUGCACAAGAAGAUGGGAGUUUUUUGUGUAAAAGUAAUACAUUAUGUGUUGAUCCACCUAACCAACAAGGGUAUCAUUGCAAAUGUAAGGAUGGAUUUAUAGGGAAUCCUUAUCUUCCUCAAGGUUGUGCAGAUAUUGAUGAAUGCAAGCAAUCUAAUGAUUGCGAGAAGCCAGAGUAUUGUGUCAACCAAAUUGGAAGUUAUGAUUGCAAAUGUCCAAAGGGCUUCCACGGGAAUGGGACUAAAGCCCAACCUUGCAGUUCUGAUAAAAAGUCUUGGAUCAUACCCGUUGUGGCCACAGCAGGUGUUGCGGGUGCUAUGAUGAUUCUACUCGUAGUUGGAUUUAUUCUGUAUUGGAAACACGGGAAAAUUAAAAACCAACAAAUCCGAGAAAAAAAUUUCCGUCAAAAUGGAGGUUUACUUUUACAUCAGAAACUCUCGGGUCGAAAGAUUGACGGGUUAAAGGUUUUCACGGCACAAGAUCUUGAAAUAGCAACGAACAAUUAUAGUGAAAAAUAUGUAAUUGGAAGAGGAGGUUUCGGCAUUGUUUACAAAGGCAUUUUAACCAAUAAUCAACAUAUCGCGAUCAAAAGAUCACUCAAGGUGGAUCCACGCCAAGUUGAGCAAUUCAUCAAUGAAGUUAUUGUUUUAUCACAAAUCAACAACAGAAACGUGGUCAAGUUACUAGGUUGUUGUCUUGAGACCGAGGUGCCACUAUUGGUGUACGAGUUCAUUACCAAUGGUACGUUAUAUGACCACUUAGUCGAUGCAGUGAAGGCAUCGAUUUUAACGUGGAACACACGUCUGAAGAUAGCUUUGGAGGUUGCUAACGUGUUGUCGUAUUUGCACACCACAAUCUCAACACCGAUUAUUCACAGAGAUAUCAAGUCGAUGAACAUACUCUUAGAUGAUAAUUACACGGCUAAGGUAGCCGACUUUGGAGCUUCAAGGUUGGUUCCGGAGGACAAAGGUCAAAUAGCUACAAUGGUACAAGGAACAUGGGGGUACUUGGAUCCAGAGUAUAUGCAAACGAGGAAACUAACUGAAAAGAGCGAUGUUUAUAGCUUUGGCGUUGUCUUAGCAGAGCUAAUAACUCGAAAAAGGGCAAUAUGUUAUGAUAGGGCCGAUGAUGAGACAAGUCUUGCUAUGCAUCUACUCAUUCAAAUGAAAGAAGAUCAAUUGUUGAGUAUUCUUGACAAAACCAUAGUAAGUGAGGGUACAAUCGAGCAAAUACAACAAAUGGCUAAUCUAGCUACGUGGUGCUUAAUGGUCAAAGCCGAAGACAGGCCGAGCAUGAAGGAAGUUGCCAUAGAGCUCGAGACGAUAAAAAGACUACGUUCGCAGCCGUCGUGGAGUAGUAAGGACGGAUCAUUUCAAGAAGACAGUGUUAGUGAAACAUUGCUCGAAGGAUAUCCAAGAUCGGGUACCACUACUAGUGGUUGUAGCAGUAGUAUGGAGGUAGACUUGUAUAAUCCACGUUUAGAUUCAAUUUUAGCUGAUGGAAGGUAAUUAAUUAUGGUGUAUUAAUAUGUAACUAGUGAGUAUCUCGGGCAAUGUCCACGAUUAACUUUUUGUAAUCUAUGUCUAGUGAGAAAAAUCUUAAUGCCAUGACAUUAUAAGUAAUUGUUUAAUAAUUUCAACAAACACCUGGAAAUGAAAAAAUAGCUUAUAUUAAUA